CCUCCCCAGCCCUCCUCCCCCCCACCUCGCCGUCGCCGUCGCCGGCGCCGGCGCCGGAGGCACCCGCCGCGCGCGCCCGUGCUGGCUCCGCUCGCUCCGCGGAAGGGAGAUCGACCGAAUUGGCCGGCAGAUGGGGAAGGCGGAUGUGUCGGCGGUGGGGGCGCUGGUGUGGGUGCGGCGCCCCAACGGGUCGUGGUGGCCCGGCAGGGUGGCCUCGCGCCUGGAGCUCCCCGACGACUGCCCGGCGCCGCCCCGCUCGCCCGCCACCCCCAUCCUGCUCCUCGGCCGCCGCGACGGGACCGCCUUCGUCGAAUGGUGCAACCUGGAGAGGAGCAAGCGCGUCAAGCCCUUCCGAUGCGGGGAGGCCGACCUGGACGACCUCAUCCGCAGGACCGAGGAGCAGACGGCGCGCCGACGCAGGGCCGGCUCCUCCAGGAACGCCCGCAAGGAGGACGCCGUGCUCCAGGCCCUCGACAUCGAGCGGGCCCGCCUCGGCCUCGGCCUCGCCCUCCGCCUCCGCCCCAGGGCACCAAGCACCGCCGCCCAGCAAGGGCCCCCCUCCGGCCCACCGCCGCCCAGGAAGCGCAAGACGCCCAACGACUCCGAGGACGACGCGCCCGCCGCCAGGCGCAUGAGGGACCUCACCGACAUCGGAUCCCCCCCGAAGCCCACCACCGGGCAGAUGACAAGGAGCAGGCAGGCUCGCCACGAUGCCAAGAGGAGCAAGGUGCCUCCUUCCACGGACCAGGUUGACAACAACCUGCCCUGCGGGCUCUCCAGGAAGAAGGACAGGUCCCGCCCGCUCUCGGAGCUCUGCAACGGCGGCUUCAAGCCCAGCAAUGGCUUGGGCUUGGAUACGUCGUUGGAUAAGUUAAAGCCGGAGCAAGCAAAGGGUGUCAAUGGAACCUCCUGCGUCACAAGGCCACUCGACGAUGCCUUCACCCGUGGCCCUGGCCCUGGGGAUCAACCUGCCGCCCCGAGUAUCUCGAAAGCAGAUCAUUUGCACGCCCACCAACCAUGUGCUGCAACAAAGGCUCCUCCUACCUGGGAAUGCACUAAGCGGGCUUCAAACUGCAGCAAGGAUGGCAUGUCUUCGCAAUGUGACAGCAGAAAUCCCAAGAAGAAAACCAUGAGCUCUGCCGACCAUGAGGGCGGCGGCAGGACCCGGAAGGGCAGGGCAGCAAAGCAUAAACCGGCGCCAAGCAACGAGGUUGUCCUCUUGAAGAGAAGGACGGCGAAGAGUGCCGCUGCACCUGAUGAGGAUGAUAAAAGCCUUGUUGUGAUGCUCCCUGGCGCUCUCGUCCAUGCGGCUCUGUGGCAGCGGUCUGAAAUCAAGUGUGAGCCUGAAGAGCCCUCUGGAACCAUAGGCAGGUAUCAUUCAAACGGCGAGACCGGUUCUGUGCCACCUGUGAUGUCGGAGCCGGCGCCGCCCCAGCGCAGAGAUCUGAGAUGCCAUGUUGCUGUGAAGCCGACCAAGACCCUGCAGCUGAACCCGUCCCUGUAUGAUGUGGAACUAAGCAGCGGGCAGGGAUGCGGCGGGGGCAGCAAGGGGCGGCACGUGCCCCUUGUGUCCCUGAUGAGCAGAUCGAGCAGGAGGCCUGUGGUUGGGUACCCGGUCUCCGUGGAGGUGCUGGACGCCACGGGCUGCCACCCUCCCGCCCCGAACGUCCACGGUGUGCCGAACGCUGCCCGCCACCAAACUUCUGCCCCGAGCGUCGCCGGUGUACAGGACGCCGUCCGCCGCCAACCGCCUGCCCCGAGCGUCAACGGUGUACGGGACAUCAUGCGCUGCCUCCCUCCUGCCCCGAGCGUCAACGGAGUGCCGGAUGCGGCGCGCCGCCACCCUACCGCCCCGAGCGUCGACGGGGUACGGGACGCCGCGCACCGCCACCUUCCCACCCGGGGCGUCAGCGGCGGCGACCACCCUCCUUCCACGAGCAGUGGCGCCAACGGGCUAGUGAAGGUGAAGGAGGAGGUGGAGGAGGAAGCCCCGCAGCGCGCUGUGCCGGCGUCGGCGCAGAGGGUGCGGGCGAAGCGCAGCCGUCGGAAGGCCUCGGAGGACGAGCUGUGGCGGCCGCACAGCAAGGAGGAGGAGGUAGGUGCGGCCCCUCGGCCGGUGCGGGCAAGGAGGAGCGUGCGCAGGAAGGUGGCGUCGGAGGACGAGUUGUGGCGGCCACACAGCAAGAAGCCGGCUGUGUCGGUAUCGGCUGUGUCGUCCCCAAGGAAGAUGCGGAGGCUGUCGUCCCUGGGCGCAACGAGCCAGCGAGGAGGGGGCGACGAGGAGAGGAGGAGGAGGAAGGGGCCGGGGGCAGGGACGGGGCAGCUGGUGGUGGCGUGUGUGCCGGUGCGCGUGGUAUUCAGCCGGAUCAAGGAGGCGUUGGUGAGCCAGCCGCUCAAGUUGAAAUCGAAAUGAGGCGCUGCUGGCUGUAAAUGAAAGUCAAAAUGUCUUGUGCUCUCUCUCUCUCUCUCUUGUGUGCUGCUGCUGCCAGCCAUGUAUGUGUUGUGUAUGUACAUGUGCUGUUUCUGUGUGUCUACUCUAACUCUAGAAGAAGAAGAAGAUGAUGAUGAUGAUUCAGAUUGA